AUGAAUUCUACAUGCAUCCCGGAUAUUGGAUAUUUCGACUCUCCGGAGUUUUUAUCAUUGGUUCUCCAUAAAAAUACAAUUUUUCCACACCAAUUCACUUAUUCGGUUUCUACUGAUUUGGAGAACACCAGUGACUAUGAAAUCAGCAAAACUGUAUCUAAUGAAUUUCCAAAAGUGGGACAAGUUGUUUUGAUCAAUACAAAUCUAGUCAGAUGCCACAAGUGGCCAUUGGGAAUCAUCACAAAGGUCUUUCACUCGAAAGAAGGAAUCAGAACCGCAGUAGUGAAAUGCAAAGGAAAACUUUACGAAAGAUCCGUUUGUCAUCUCAUCCCGUUGGAAAUCGAAUCAGUGGAAUCCCAAGAAUGUACUCCAGACAAUGUGAAUACAGAUGAGGAUCCCGGAUACAAAUCCAUCCCAAAUCCACCACUACCCGCAAUUUUCGAUAUUCCACAAGCUGAGUACGUUCCAAAGCGAUUCAAAGAUUCCAAGAAAAACUUUGUGCCAAGUGCUGGGAACCUCCCAACUGUCGGAGAACGUGAUCCCGAAGAGGAAAUCAAUUAUGACACCCAACAUCUGGACACGGAGCCAGUAGACGGAGAAUACAGAGACCCAAAUGAAACAGCAAAGCAGAUUCUGGACUACGGUAAAAAUGCUGUACCGGAUACAAGGACAAGAGAGUACCUACCAAGGAAAGCGAAAGCACCUUACAUCAACUAUCCGUACUAUGUCCCAAAAGACUUUCCAACUUCAAAAAGCGUUUCUCAUAGCAUUAGGAAUUCAGACAUUAAUGCCCUUCUGCUUCAUUGCAUCACCUGCGAACUAUGUAUGGAUUGCAGCCAUGAUCUACUAUUACAAUCAAGCGUUCACAAAUUUCGGAGUUUGUUUAUUAUCCAUGCAUGGGGUUUCGUCUUCAAUGAUCAUGAUCUUUGUACUUCGCCCUUAUCGAGAUACAUUGUUUGGUUUUUUAAGGAUACAGUGGCAGUCAUGUCCAAGGAACAUUCUUUAAAACAAUUCUUUCGUCAUAAUCGCGACGUUUCUGUCGUAGUUGUUGCGACUUGA